GUUAAAAGCAGAAACAUCGAAAGGGAUCAGAUUCUUUGGUAAUUGAUUGCCAAGUAAAUUUUGGAAGCACGUUUUUUGCAGCAAAAUUUUCAAUAUAAUUUACUAUUCCUACUGCCGUUCCUGUCAAAAAUUUUAUUUAUUUAUUUUUUUUUACGAGUUUUCGUGCGUGUUGCUAUUUGUUUACCUUUUUUGGAAUAAUUAGUAUUUUGCUUUCCAAAUUUAAUUGGAUAAAGUGCGUCCCGUGUACUGUUGAGAUUUAUUAUCGUUUAAUUCUGAGUGAGAUUUGCGAACCAAUCAACAAAAAAAAAAACACGUCGUGUAAAGUCAGCGUUGCUGUUGUUGCUCGUGGGAAGGCUUGCAAUGAAAUGAAUGGGUCGUGGUCGUGGUUAAAUGCUUUGAUUGGCAGUGUUAUUAAUAAAACAAUUUACACCUGUGGCACGGCUACGUUGCAAAUAUACGACGCCUAUAAUCAGCAUCGUUUAAAGUAUUUUGGAGAAGCAAGUAUUGUAAGCAUCUUGCAAGCUUUUAUUACUAUAGUACAUCCGGUUAGUCUAUAUACGCGAUUGGUAAGCAUUUCAUCGGAAGCCCUGGAGCACUUGGUUUACGCCAGUUUGGUAUACUUGCUAGUAUGCCUGAUCAUAUACUCGGUGAUCAGUCGUUCGAAAACACUUCGUAGUACUCGUUUACCUUGGCUAUCAACGAGGAAACGCAUACUAUUCGUUACAUCACAUCCGGAUGAUGAGUGCAUGUUUUUUGGCCCUUUAAUUUAUACACUAACAGCUUAUACAGAUUGUAUUGUGUAUAUACUUUGCCUGUCGAAUGGCAAUUAUGAAAAUCUGUCAUGUAAGAGGCGCGAAGAAUUGUGGUCGGCUUGCCAAAAUUUGGGUAUACCAGAAGCUAAUAUAAUACUAGUCAAUGCAACCAAUUUGCCAGAUGAUCCAAAUGUUGAAUGGAGAACGGAAACGGUAGCCAAUUUCAUGUUGCACACGGUCGAAACGUUAGGCAUACAGGCUUUAGUUACUUUUGAUCGUGAAGGCGUUAGCCAGCAUCCAAAUCAUUGUGCGGUGUAUUAUGCAGCUGCCUCCCUAUGUCUAACUAAUCUAUUACCGAAAGAUUGUAAACUUUAUGCCUUGGACUCCAUAAAUAUUGUGCGAAAGUAUUUAUCUAUAUUUGAUAUCAUGUGUACUUGUGUUAUGUCCAAAUAUUGGUGCUUAUUAAAUUGGCAACAAGCAGCCGUGGUCCGGAAUGCCAUGCGUCAGCAUAAAACCCAAAUGAAAUGGUUUCGUUGCCUUUAUAUAUUUUGCUCUCGCUAUAUGUUUAUCAAUUCGAUACGUGAAGUCAAUUUGGCCGAUAUCGAAUUGGAGAUGCAAAUUCAGGAAACCUAAGUGUGUCGAUUGGAAGAAGCAAUUCUCAAACAAAUGAAAUAAAAGAGCAAUCCAUGUCUGUUCAGAAAAAUGAUAAUUAAUAAUCGUGAACGCCGUAAUACCAAAUAUUAUAAAUUCAAGUGUGUUUAGUUGCAAAAUUGCACGUCCAAUUCAAUUUGGAAAAUGGGAAGCGGGAAGCGGGAAGUGGCGAAGCAAACAAGCAGCUAAAUAACAGACGUUAAAGAGACGAUUCUACUGAAAACACAUACAAAACAAACAACAACAAACAAAAAAAAAAACCAUGACGCUUUAUUUUUUUAUUUUAAUUAUUUGUUAAUAUGUACAUAUAUACGUAGAUAAUGCAUAUGUUUCCUGAUUUUUUUUCCUUUUCCUCUUUCGUGAAUUUAUCAUUUCAGGUUUAGCUUGUAAUAUGAUGAUGAGCUUUUAGACGAAGGCGAAAACUGUAUUCAGAUAUUUGUAUAUAAUAAUAACUUAAGUCGACGAUGGCUACAUAUCCGAUAUCUGAUAUUGAUAAGAAUUCUUAUCGUUUUUUGUCCACAGUAUCAGAAACAAAAGAAAGAAAA